AUGGAGAGUCCCAAGAAAAAGCUCCUUUCAACUUCCUCCCCAGAGGGACUUCUGGUUGCCUCUAGAAUUACCCCAACAAGAAUUGCUAAUUUAUUGAUUAGAAAGGGCCCUUUGCCCAUUCGUCACAUCACGGGCCAGUUGGCCCUAGAAGUGCUGGGGUUUGAAAUGCUCUCGUUAUCCAAGCAAAGAAGAUUGAUAAUGGCAGCAAUGGAACAGACAGACCCAGAUAAUAACGUGUUGUUCGAAAAGAUUGGUUGGGGCCAAUGGGCAGUAAGAAAAGUCGACUCAGACUAUAUCGUUACCGAAGGUACUGAGGGCACAAGUGGCACUCCUUUGGCAUUACAAGAUGAAGAAAUCAAUAAAAAGCUUUUAAGCGUCCAUGAUUUGAGGAAUCAAACUGGCGUUAAGUUGGGCUGGACCAAGAAGCAACAACAACAGCAACAAGCCCUUCCACAACUGAUGUCUCCACCGCAUAAUAAUGUAUACCAGAUGCUGCCUCCAGUAUUGCCACCAAUCCAACACCGCAGGAAACUGAGUAACGGUGGACAUGCUAAUCUUCAAGCUGCCGCAGCUUUGAGAAGAGAAUCGAUAUCUGCAUCUAAACAGAAUCUUCACAACAUAAAACUCCCACAGGACGUUUCUAACGCCAUCGAAAGUGACCUGGAAGAUGACUAUGCAUUGGCCGACGAAAUAGAUGAUGAUAGUGACAGCGAAACUGACAUUGAAAGCGAUGAAGUUGUCAACAAUGAGGAAGGUACAAUGUUUAGCUUUGAUGAUGACGUGAACGCUGGACAGACUUCAAUAGGCAAGUUCAAGCCAAGAGCUGCAAGUACCAGUACUGUUGGCAGUAAGAGUAGCAGAAGAAGAAGCAGCAUGAAAUCGCCCCCUCCUGGUGCCAUUAAGUUUGCCAAUAGAGUUCCAAUGAAGGUGAGUCCUCCUCCUGGAACUCCUAGAGACAAUAGUAACGGAGGAAGUCGCAGAAAGUCUUCAUCAUCUGCUGGUACGCCCGGUAUCUCCAAGUAUAGUUAUAAUCAAAGAACGCUGUUUUUCAACCGUUCAAGGUUAAAUUCAUUGGAAAAUCUUGAUAACUAUAUCGUUUCAUCUGCAAAGAACUCUGGUAGUUCUCUUUCAUCACCUGCACCUCCACAUCAUCAAUCUUCAUCGUUGGCUGGCCCAACUGGUUCAUUCAGUUUAUCAUCUCUGCCUUGGAGUGCUAACAACUACAUUCAUCACGCUGCAUCUCCAGACAGCAUAGCAGCCACCAUGGCAAUGGGUAGAAGAAAAUCAUCGUUCAAUGAGUCUCAUGUACGUUCAACCUUAUCAUCUUCUCUCCCAAAGCAACAGUUCGAUAAACCAAUUUUACCACCAACGACUACAAACUCUUUAGUCAAGCCAUAUGAACAUCAGAAUCAUUCCAAAUCAUCCAAUUCGGUAUACAGUAAUAAGGGACUUACCAGGGAGCGUUUGGCAGGAGAACAUAGUGAUACAGAUGAAGAAGAUUGGGCAACAAUAGGUGCAGAGUCACUUAGAAGUGGGAAGAUUCAAAAUAAGAGGCAUAUCAACAACAACAACAACAACAACAACAACAACAACAAUAUAAGUAAUAAUGGUAACAAUAACCAUCCCAUGAAUAAUGAUCAAACAUUAUCUCCUUCGCAAGCAGAAGAGAGAAAUGCAGCUUACGCAUUAGUAGAUCUAAUGUCUGUAUGA